AUGUUUUUUUUUAGUAAUUAUAAAGCCUUAUAUUUUCUUCAGUGCCUUAUCACAUUUUAUAACACAAUUUAAGCAAACUUUUCUACUUACAAAUGAAAAUAUCAAUUACUACAUGCUUAUAAUGGCGAAUCACAUAGUGAAAAAAAUGGAUAUUGUUUAAAUUAUAAUAUAAAGUGUUUAUUUUGUUAAUCUAAUUAAAAUCAUUAUGAUUACUUGUCACGAACCGGCCCAAGUCGAUGUACCCCCAUCGAAAGCAGUAAAGAACCAAAUCCAACCGGACACCGGGUGCUGCAAAUGAUAAGUAAUUUAUUAGAAAAUAUCUCAACUUCAUGAUUGAGUAAGUCAAUUAGGGGACAGGUUUUUACACCGUAUCACCUUGGUCGUACAUACUUAGUUACCGGUGUGAAGCUGAUCAUUUUCCAUCCAUAGUAGAUAGUUUGCGAUUGGGUUGCAUUUCGAUGACGAUGCCAUAGUGAAACUUGUUUUGCACGACCAUGCAAGAGGAGUGCAACAUCUUGGCACAUUAUUUUUCACACGUUUCUUGAUACAGGCAGGUUCAGUUGUUUCGUCAACCAGAAACGAGCAAGUGCGAGGGUAAGACCUUUUGCGGAUAAUUACUGAAUUGAAAGCUCGGACUAACCAGCGCUGGAAGGUCCUUACUCACUGAAUUACCCGUGCGCACGAAGGCACGACGUGUUGAUGAUAUUCAAUCAGCCACGUACGGGUUGGAUGGGGGAACUCGUUUGUCUUUGAGAACGAUACUCUUAGCAGCGAGAAAAAGAGGUUAUUGCUUCCUUCAGCUACGUUCCAUUGUUGUUUUAAAGCUUUUCCUUGGAUAAAGUCAUUACUCACUCAUCAGCUGGAACGCCCGGGGCUUUCGUGUACAAAUAUUAAUAUUAAAUCAACAUUCGAUCGGUUGUGCCCGAAACUUCAAUCUUCCAAUCUGCUUACUAUCAGCCGAAGGGAGAAAUCGCCAUCUUGUAAACCGAACACACCGACAUCAAAUAAUAACCGACAAAAGCCGGUUGGUACGUAUCGAAAGCGUAUCGAAAUGGUGUCACUGGUAACCGCCAGACAAGUGGUAAACAUUUUCUUAUCAACAGUUUUGUUUCCGAAACAUCUCAUUCGCUUCGCUCCGUGUGAUUUUGCGCUUGGAAUGUUUGUCUCGUCCCUUAACCUCUCCGGGGAUGGAUGGUUCAUCCUUUCGCUUCCCGCUGAAAAUUGUUGGCAAACAAACGCUUGCGGCCUUUUACGUGCUGUUUUAUGGUACUGAGCAUAAGGUCUAAAAAAGAAACUAUCAUAGAAAUGUUCGCCCUUGGAUACGAAACACCUGGGGAGUGCGUUCAUUCCAGUAUCUUUUUUUUUCUCCCUUGUGCAAGGUCCUUUCUGUUCCUAGUUUUACUUUAUGCAUAACAAAAAAUCGACACAAGAAAACAUUGAAGGACCUUUUCAACGAAGCGCACUGAGAGUCGUUGCCUGUGCUAAUAAGACUAUGAGACUUAUGAAAAAACAAUCAUAAGAUAGACACCCAGACGGCGGUGGCAAGAUGAAGCUCGUGAUGCUGGUUACGAGCGGGAAAAAUAAACCACAGAAAUUCUCCAUACUUCUACACCGUGAAACCAUAUGCAUAAGGCAGCGAAAGAAAAAAAAAACGAAAUAAAAUAAAACAAGCAACUUCACCGGACGCCAAGCUGCUGCAAACGACUUCAAAAUGUGAAUAACGUUCACCACCAUCCGGUCGCAGUUGGAAGCUUACGAACCACCGCUGACGAGUUAAACUAAUGAAGAAAAUGAGUUCUCCCGACCUUUCGAGCGACGCGGAAAGGACACGGACGGCGGACGGAUCUUCUCCCAGUCACCCAUCCGGGACCAUCCAAGAACGGUGGUGAAAGGCGACAAAAUGACAUCCCAAACGAGCUACGGAACCGAACGACGGUGGACAGGAUGAGAAAUAAAUUGCUUUUUAAGCAACCCACAGCAUUGCGUGCGAAGGUCCUUUCACAAAUUGUCUUCUGCUCCGAUGUGUUAGUGUGUGGGUUUUGUGUGCAUUUUUCCUAAAUAGUUGUACUCAGAGAUAUUCCUUCUCAUUCGCGAGAGUUCCAUUUGCUCUUUCUUUUUAGGAGCGAAAUGGAAGCAGAAUGAUGAAAUAAGGGAAAACAGUUUAAAUGAGCAGCAACCCUGCUCACCGGUGAGAAGAAAUGGAAAACCAGACUCAAAAUCCAACAGUGUGAGAAGGGGGUGAGAAUGUGUACUCGCUUAACACAUCUCACUAUAGAGCGCUCGCGUGCUCGAUGCCGAACAGUGGGCGGAGUCUAAAGCCAAAACCAGUUUUAAGGGUAGUUUUUUGCUCAUUUCUUUUCACACCGUUUCGUAUGGUUGUUUCCCCUUCGCUCGCAUGUGUGCAGUUAUGUUUCGUCGUGUGUUAUGCUGUACCACACAAAGGCAACGUUGGCGAAGGUUUGAAUGCCUUGGCGAUGAUGAAUGAAAUUUAGUUCCAAACUAGUUGUCAGUCCGUUCGUACGCGCCUCGACCACGGUUUUGUGUGCCCACACGUUUGCAUUCGAUACGAUCUUUGCGUGAGGAGAAUCGAAGUGUCGGUGUGUGAGUGUAGUUGCAUUUCUCUGCUGUUACCAGCACGCUCGAGACGGACCGGAGUCAAGUCGGAAGUCACAGUCUUGGAAAACAGUCGCUCGAAUCAGACCAUCCAUCGGAACGCGAAUCGAAUGCAGCAAGGUUAAAUAAUCGUUUGUGAAGGUUGGAACAGUGAACAAUGUACUUGUAAAACAACAACCAGCAUUGUGUAAUUUUAGUAAAGUUCAGUUUAGUGGAACGCCAAACUGGUGCUUUAGUGCAUGUGAAAAUUUGAAACAUAUCAGUGCCCACAUGAUAGCGAAAAUAUCCUUUUGGUGGAAUUGAAGAAACCUAUUGCUUUGCCAGCACAUUCAGUGACCUUUUGUGGUAGUUGGUUGACAAUUAGAUCGAUACAAAAAAAACUAUUGUGAAUUGAGCAACGGACACGAGCUCAUCGUGAACGAAUCUUGGAGGAGAAUGCUACUGGAGGCGGCCCACGGCAACAAUCACAAUCCGCACCAUCUGCUACAACAGCCCGUGCCACAUCCGCAUCACCAACACCACCACCCACACCAUCCCCUGCACCCGCAGCAUCCUCACUCGCAGGCCGCAGCAAUGGUGGCGGCGGUGCAGGCGGCUGCCGCCCUGACGGCGGUAAAAAGUGCAACGAACUUCUCGAUUGCGGCCAUCAUGGCACAAGGAAACGGUAACGCCAACAACGGUAGCAAUGCAGUCGGCAACACAACCGCAAGCAGCGACCCAACACCGGCGGCCAACACACGGAUCGAGGAAGGCAAUUAUCGACCCCGCUCGCGCACUCCGGAACGUUCGUCGGAGGUAACCGAGGAGGAAAUCAACGUCAAUGUGGAAGAUUGUAGUGAUUCGGAAGAAAGCACAGAACAGCCGCGUGAAACACAUUCGCGAACGGCUUCCACACCGGCCAGCGUAUCCGACGAAGAUCGUCUGUCACCCGAGAUCGCACAGAAAGCACCAAAAAUUGUUGGAUCAUGCAAUUCGGAGGAUCUGCGACCGGUUCAGUGUCACCUAGAAACGAAAGAGCUGUGGGACAAAUUCAACGAGCUCGGCACGGAAAUGAUUAUCACAAAAACUGGAAGACGUAUGUUUCCAACAGUUCGCGUCUCGUUUUCCGGUCCAAUGCGUCAUCAAACUGCUGCCGAUCGAUACGCCGUACUGCUUGAUAUCAUUCCCCUGGAUAACCGUCGCUAUCGUUACGCUUACCAUCGUUCGGCAUGGCUUGUGGCCGGGAAAGCUGAUCCACCACCACCCGCCCGACUUUACUCCCACCCGGACACUCCACUUGGGCCGGAUGCUCUCCGACGGCAGGUGAUUUCCUUCGAGAAGAUCAAGCUCACCAACAACGAGAUGGAUAAGACGGGCCAGAUCGUCCUCAACUCCAUGCAUCGCUAUCAGCCACGCAUUCAUCUGGUGCGGAUUGGUCCGAACCAAUCCGUUCCUACGAGUCCGGCCGAACUACAGGAGCUUGAUCACAAAACGUUCGUCUUUCCGGAGACGAUCUUUACGGCUGUUACUGCGUACCAGAACCAGCUAAUAACGAAGCUUAAAAUCGACUCGAACCCAUUCGCCAAGGGUUUCCGCGAUUCUUCAAGACUAAAUGACUUCGAUCGUGAUCCCAUGGAAUCGUUCCUUCUCGAGCAGCAUCUGCGUUCUCCGUUGCGUCUGUUCCCGGACCAAGUGAUGGCACAGUUGGGAGGCGCCGGAGGCCCACCCUCGAUGCAAUCCAACGAUCCGUCCGUGCUUUUGGAGAAGGCCCGUCAACAGCUACAUCUCUGGGGCAAUCCAUCGGCGGCGUACAGCGAGCUAAUGCUCCAACAACUUUAUCACCAGCGACCAAACUUUGGUCUUAACUUUGGGCCCCUGUGGCAAAGCCAAUGGCCAACACAGCUGCCCCCCGGUUUCCUGCCAAACGUUGCACCACCGCCGGCACACACUCCGGCCAUGCAGGGAGUGGCCGCUGCAGCUGCUGUUGCGGCUGCCGCUGCUGCAGCCGCCGCCAACUCCGGCGGUGGAUCCAGUUCCUCAUCACCUUCUGCCGCACCCCCCUCCGGACCAUCGGUUUCACCGGAAGUGCGACCGAAAUCAUUUGCCCGCUUCACACCCUACCAGAUUCCGCAGCAUCCUUCAUCGCCUGCACCCACCCCGGGACACCCGCACCAUUCGCCUGCCACCCGGUCCGGUUCACCCGGAUCGUCUCGAUCUCCUUCGCACUAAAUCUGUUGUGUGAUUUUGUGUGUAUGUGUGCGUGUGUGUGUGUGUGUGUGUGUGUUUAUGGCUUUGAUUGGUUCGCUCGAACCAACGGAAGCUGUACGAUGGAAGAAAAAAAAACAAACAACUCGUGAUAGUGUCCGGAGGAGCGCAUCCGCGGAAAGUGUAUUAGUAUUAGUGUGCACACUAGAGAGGCUUCAGUUGAGUUUAGUGAGUUCGUUUAUAGUGGUUGUUUAUAGUAAUGAUUAGUUAUAGCAGCAUUAACAUAACCAUCUCGUAGCCAAUGUUAAUCGUCAUUCGCGCGCAGAAUCGUUUUUGUUUUUCCUUUUCUACGUUCAGCGACAGCUCACCACGGCAGUUUUAUGGGUAGAAAAACAUGAAAAUAGAAAGCAUUGUCCUUACACUGCGUUUGUGGAAGGUGAUUGUAGUUGAAUGAUGUAAAUACUGUCAUACUUUCUGUACAUAGCACUAAGGUGCACGUUAAGCGCUGAUCGCGAAUCAUACAUCAUAUGAAAAAUAAAAUCAUUAUUUAAAAAUCAUAGCCAAUAGAAAUGUA